AUGAAUCGAUUUCGCAAGAGCAGGAAGGAGAAAGUGAAGGAGGAGAGCGAGCCGAUAGAGCCCAUGCCCACAUCGCUGACCUCCAAGUUGACGAAGAAGGUUAAGAGACCGGAACCAGAGGAAAAGCCGGAGCUCGAUCUGGCCAGUGUUCUACCCUCCACAGAUGAUUUCCGCACCAGUCUAUUGAUGCCGAAGCUGUCGGCACGGUUCAGCAUGCUGCGGGAACAGGACGAUCCGGACUCGCUAAUCGGCAAAGCGAGCGACGAUAGCGUGCUUUUCCCCAAGCGUGCCUCAAAAUUGAAUAUUUUCGGACACCAUCCCAACCCUUUAUCGGAUAUCGACGAGGCCUCCAUUGAUGGUCGGCCAUCGUUCCACGGAGGCCGCACAGAUUCGUUCAUCUCGGCUGGCGACGGGGGUGACGGGACCGAUGAGGACCGUUCGCACAACGAGAGCAUCAUGAGCAGGGCGCGACGGGCGGAAGGGAACAAUCUCUUCGGCGGACGACAAAAGGUCUAUAAGAUUCCCUCUAAACAGGGAAAUGGCUCGGCACCUAUGGGACGUGCUCUGUAUGAGCAUGACUUGAAUCUAUCCACCUUCCAGCGCUUGCGACUCAAAGAGAAGGAGGAGCGUGCGGCCGAAGAGGCCCAACAAGAUUCCCUGGUGCAAGAAUCAGAGGACCUCAUCUCGAGUAUAUCCUCUAUGAAGCGGACAAACUCAUCUUCGACCGCGUCGGGACCCACUGCGUACGGUCGCACGUCGACCGCGGCUACCUCUAUCGACGAAGAUCCGUCCUUUGCAAGCUCCCCAUCGCAGGCGGGGACUCCUCAUGCUAACGAGGCCUCCAAGCCAGCUCAUACCGGGGUCAUGGCCUCCGAGCGCGGCUCGGUGAAAUCUCGAAGACUCUACGGGCAAGGUCUGGCGCAAACCACACAGAACCAGCAGAGCAAUACUUUGCAUCGUCUGGAAAGCCUCAGUCGCCAGCGGGCCGGUACACCAGAAUUGCCAGUCCUCAAUAGAUCAUAUUCCCGGAGCGCAACCAACCUGCGCGACCGACUUCAGAAACUCUCCCUUGCGGAGCCAACUGCUUCCGCACCCCGCCCGACCAGUCCUCCAUCCUCAGCCACAUCUCCAAAUCCGCCCAGUCUCGAGAACGAGCCCGAGGAACCAAAAGCCCAGCCGAUGCCAGGCUUUGGCGCGCCCCCGUUGAGCCCUCCUGUCAGUGAGAACGAGGAGGUAGGAGCCUUGGCGGCCGCUCUACAGCCGGACGAUCGUGGAAAAGCCACCGCCAUGGGCCUUUUCAACAAACCCAAAUCCGCUUUUGAUGAGAAUCAGUUCACGCGCCGUCAGUUGCAGAUGCACCAGGGCAGGAGCACACCACCCCUCAGACGAGCCCCGUCACCACCAGGGCGAGUGACCCCGCCCGAACAGCCUGGACGUUCUCGGGGUCUCUCAAACACAAGCCAUCGGUCUCGGCCAGAUUCUGCAUCCUCGCAUUAUAGUGAAUCUCAGCGUCCAGGCAACAGCGCCCUCGCCCCUAGCGUUGAGGCUUCUCCAGCCGGCCCCACGCAUGGAACGUCCUUUGCUAACCCCAGCCCUGACAUUUCUGACGGUGAAGGCGACCAUUUCGAUGCGAGGGACGUUGCGGCCGCGAUUGACGCUGUGCACCCUGCUUUCCGGUCCAGCCCAUCGUCCAGGCCCUCGUCUCCGCCGGAGGAGCAGCAAAACCCCCUACCCGAAGUGCGAUUUUCCGAUCUGAGGGAUCUGAAGCCCAUCGCAGAGAAUGAUGUGGCGGAAAGACCAAGCAAGGCGGACGUAGAGGAAAAGCUUCCCGAGAAGCCUGAUUCGCCCACCCUGGGACCGUCUGGACUAGGUCUUAGUGGCUUAGUCCGCGCCCAUCUGCGGCGUGACAGUGACCGGUCGUCCUUCCACCUUGCACCGCUUUCUCCUGCGUUCCCACCAAAGCCCAAUGAGGGAGAGAUUGGUGCUAAAUCCAUCGCCGACGGGUCAGAGAUGUCAGAUGGGCCCUCUCAACGCUCGUCGACUGAUGGGGAGCAUUCAAUCGACUCGCAGGGCACUUCAAAGACUCCAUCAUGGGAAGAGGAACUGAGAUCCAAGCAUCGACGCCAAGGCAGUAUCGAAACCCAACAGGAACGGGCAGAGUUUGAACUUGAGCUCGCGGAGCGACGCCGAAAGGUCCAGGAGAAACUGAGAGGCUUCGCGGAAAACGAGAGCAGAUCAGCCAGCCCGAUCUCUGGACGCCAUACACCCGACUAUCCCCCACAAGCCAAACCUGGCAAUGCAUUUGCGCUGUUGAAGAGCAAGAACCCCAAACAUCCCUUCUUUAGCAGGCAGGAGCCCAAGAACGCUAAACUGUUCGGUCCCGCAAGUGCGUCGACUCCAUCGCUGGUACCGGACGAGCUCUGGCGUGAGGAGGAGGAAAAGAUGCCCUUCAAUCUACCAAAGCACGCAAACACCAGCUCGCCACAGAUUGCCGUGGACAGGUCCAUUCGGUCCAGAAUGGCGGCCUUUGGCCGCAGCAGUCAUGAAGACUCCCGUGAGUCGAGCCGCAGCCGUGGAGCUUCGCCGCAUUCGAGCAUGAGGUCUCGCCGAGACCGCUCGGGCUCCGAUGCGUCUGGCCGCUCCAAGAGCCGCAGUCGAUUCCGCGAUCGAGAUGAUCUCGGAACUCUGCAAGAAGAUGCUGCCGGCUCGCCAAAGGCAUUUCCCCCUUUUGAUCCCCGGUCUGUUCCCUCGGUCCCAUCUUCUACUCGCCCGUCAGUUGAGGCCAACGACCGUUCCAUUUCCUUUGAUCGUAGCUCAUCGGCCGCAUCUGGACGAUACCGGAGUGAAAGUCGAUCUGCUACAUCGAGUGUUAAUGAUCGGCCCCCUCACCUUCCUCCACCGUCCACCACGCCAUCCAUCAUUGGUGUUUCCCCGCGACCAUCACCGAUCGCUCCCUAUUCCGCCAACGCUACACCACCUCUGUACGAGAUGUCUCCGAACCCGUCAACGACCUCCCACGUCGCCGCUGGAAAUACUCUGCCUCAGCGCGCCCCAGGCCUCGUCAGCCUCCAAAAGCGGGUCAUCGACAAGACCCAGAUCUCCGAGCCGACGUUCGUGUCUUGCACCUCCAAUGUGCCAACCGUGGGGCUCCCCCCGGGCGCUAGUCUGAGUAACGGCAUGGAGACGCCUCCGAUCCCACCCAUGAAUCCGCGACGCCGGCGCCAGACCACCACCCAGACAAUCCUCGGCGCCCUCAAGGGCGAAAAGCGCGAGUCGUACUAUCCCACCUCGGUCGCCAGUGAUCCGCAAGACGAACAGAGCAACUUCUCCGACGAUAACGACAAGCGGCCCAAGUCCAGACACAACAAGCUCCGUAAGACCUCCAGCGAGGGUGGCAGCCUGAACUCCAGGGCCCGGCAACAGGCGAUGGCUGCCACGCCUAUUCCUCCAGCACCAGCUGUCCCACAGUAUCCGCCCAAGAUCCCCAUGGAGGGCGGGAUGUUUUAA